CAAAAUUGGGAUGUAGCAUGAAAUUCAGGCAUAACAAAAGAUGGAUUACCAAUUUUCAAUAGUUUUGCUGCAAUGAUUAGUGAAAUCAGACAGUAUUUGCUCCUGCCCUCUGCUUUAUGAAAGAAGAUCAAUCUGGCAUUUGUGUGAAUGUUUUUGAUCACAUUGAAUGGCUGUUAUUGUAACAAAACAAAUUGUUUAAUAAAGCCUCACAGUGGAAGGCACUUAGAUUUGACCAGCCUUUGAAAUCAAUUUUUCCAAGAAGGUUUUUCAUUUUUCCAAGUGCACUUCCCUCCCUCAAAAUACUUGAGAAUUUGAUACCCAGAGUCCUAAAAUAGUGGUAACUGUCAAGCUGAUAAACCAUUUAAAAGGCACUUGUAUAUGUACUUCAUGCUAAAAUAUGUCAACAGGACUAAUGCAGCCUAUACUGGUACAUAUUCAUUCAUUGAAACAGCAUGUUCAUUCAGUGCAAGUUGACAUGUAACAGUGAAAAAUAAGAUCAUAGAUUAAGAGGAUUGAUUUUUCAUGUGCUUUGCCCAAGCCUGACAGCAGGUGGCACAAAUUAUGCAUGUCUAGAUGAACAUGUUGUUUGAUGCAGCCAUUUUUUAUUUUGCCCACUGUAAUAAUCCUGUCAUAGUUGUGUCAUGCUCAAGCAAGCUGGUUUAAAGAAAGACAAAAUGAUACCAUUCUUACCAUCUGAUUGCUGUCAUCAACAAUAAUUACAGUGACAAACUGAGUCUAAAGGCUAAUUGCAAAGGAUAUUAUUUUGCUAGCAGGCCUUGAGUGCAUUUUUUAUUUAUUCUACAAGUGAUCCAGUGAGCUCACUCCCACUGGAGCCUUUAUCACUGAAGUACUCAGCUGUGGCCUCGCAUACACUGUUGAGGCUCAGAUGUCAUUCCAGGGGGUGCAGCAGGCUCCACAAGGUAUGAUGACACCCAGUCAUGACCACAGACGUACUUCCGAACCAGCAUACUCAGCUGAGGUCCAGGCGCCGCUCAGCCCUCCGUCGGCGCUCAUCAGCGACGACGAGCUGGUGACCAUCAGCGUGCGGGACCUGAACCGCCAGCUCAAAAUGCGCGGCCUUAGUCGCGAGGAGAUGGUCAAGAUGAAGCAGCGCCGCCGCACGCUCAAGAACAGAGGCUACGCCGCCAGCUGCCGCGUCAAGCGGCUGGAGCAGAAGGACGAGCUGGAGACGGAGAAGUCGACCGAAGAGCACGAGCGGCUGCGCACCAUCGACGACAACCGGCGUAUGCGCGAGGAGAUCGAAGCCUACUACCAGAAGUACGAGGCCAUCCGCAAGUUUGCCCAGGAGAAGAACAUCCCGUUGCCUCCCGAUCUGGAGCACGACGUGCCGCGAAUUUAGCUGCAGCGUCUCGUGCGUUGUGUUGGUGUGAUGCGGCUGCUGGGCGGGUUUUCAGCUGCGCGUGUUGGGCUUCCGACCGGUGUGGUCAGGUGCGUGCCGACGAACAACCGCGUGGCGUGGGCCUGGACGGUUCUCAAGUGCGGUGCUCAGUAAGGAGGUGCUACGGGUGCGUUGAGAUGUGUGGCACGAAUGGAAUGGGAGUGCAGCGACUUGAAUCGCGAACAGGCCCCGGUUGUCGUAUAUCGUUAUUUUACGCAAUUGGGAGUGCGAAAUCGUGUUAUGAGUGUGCACCAUCACGUGCGCCCCGUUCUUUGGUGUAAGGGGUGAGCAAGGCCGGCAUGGUGCCAAUGGGGCGUGUACGUGUGGGCACCAGCUGUACGAGGCAGAGUGGAGUCAUGGCCGAUUCCAGGAUGGUGUCUGUACUAAGCACGUAUUUAGAGAAGUGUUUGUUGGCGGGCGAAGCCUUGCGCGACUUGAUAAACAUAACUGCACAGCUUGCUGAUGAUUUCGUUACUUUUACGUCUGGGAGUGAAUGUUUUUAUUACGCUGCUGCAAGCGUGCCGUGAAUAUGAUGCGGAGU